AUGACCGACGAAGGACGACAAACAACGCCAGAGGAGCAGAUCGAUAACCAACAGCAGAUUACAGAAGUCAUCGACAACAAGCAAAAGAAGAAGAAGCUUUAUAUAGCGUUUAGCCAGAAGAUAUCGAAGUCGAAGACGGAGUAUCAACUGACUGAGACGAAAGGCGAUACCACAAAGCUCUACAUGGACAAAAAGUGGUUUCCUGAGGUUAAAAUCCACCCAGUUUGA